AUGAAGGAAGUCCUCCCCUCGUCCUCCCGGGCUUCCCGGCAUUCCGCCUACCUCAAGAAGCGUCCCUCCCCCCAUGGCGUUUCAAAGUCUCGCAAGCAAUCGUCCCCCGUAUACAUACCUCUGGGCAUGGUUCGGAAGACCCCGCGCGCUGUCAGGGCCGAGCUCCUGGCGCGAAGCCAGAAGCCCAUCCAGCUUGUAAUGAUGCGAAGGGAUGGCAUCUACUUGGAGGAAGAGUACCGCGAAGAGAUUCGUCGGUAUAUGCAUGAACAAGAGAGCUGCACGGCUGCGUCCAUGCAAUCAAUGGACCAGCAACCGGAGAUCAAGUGGCACAUGCGGCCCUGCCUGGUCGAUUUCCUCGUCGAAAUCCACUUCACGUUCCGCCUACGUCCGGAAACCCUAUACCUCACCCUCAAUAUCAUCGACCGCUACGUCUCGAGGCGCAUCGUGUAUGUUAAGCACUACCAGUUGGUUGGCUGCGCGGCGCUAUGGAUCGCGGCCAAAUUCGAGGACGCAAAGGAGCGUGUACCGUCGGUUACGGAUCUGGCCCACGUCUGCCAGGACACCUACGACGAGUCCGCCUUCAUCCAGAUGGAGCACCACGUUCUGUCGACAAUCCACUGGUCACUCGGUCACCCCACGGCCGAGGCUUGGCUCAGGCUCAUGUGCUGUGGUCCGUGCUUCGAAGACAUGAAAGUCCAACACGUCGCGCGGUUCCUCAUGGAGAUUACACUCUUCUAUCGGGAGUUCUGCGAGUGUUCGCCUUCGACCAUUGCCUUCGGCUCUCUCACACUUGCUCGGUAUCUCUGCGGGAAACCGCGCCGCUUCUUCGAGGAGACGGAGGAAUGUCUACAGGUCGUCGAUCUCCUGGAUCAGCGAUUGUCGCAGCACGUCAACGAGGUGUCGAAGACACUGAUCAAAAAGUACUCGUACGCUUUCUUCUCAAAGGCGUCGACAACGGUCGUGCAGUAUUACCUUGAAGGCAAGCGGUUCCACCGCCCGCCCCUUGCGACGCUCCCGAUGACGCCAAUUCGCGCUUAUACGCCCAAGACCUCGACGCCGAUGAGCGUCUCGACAACGGCUUCGGAUACGUCAGACGACAUGCCGGUGACCCCGACGAGCCCGAUGUUCUCGAGCGAUGUCUUCUCGAGCUCGAUGUUGUCGGAUGCGAUGAUGUCUGACGACAAGGAGAAUAUGCCGUCGCCGACGUUCGAACCGGUACUAAACAAGCAGUACGUGGAGCCUACACCCGAGCAGUUCCUGCCACAGGACUACCUCAAGUUCGGCCGCACCGCUCUCCACAAUCUGAACAUGACAUCACCCCGUACGGCGGCUGUCUCAUGA